CACUCUACGUUAGAGAGUAAUAAUUAAAUUCUUAAUUGGAGUGAGUUUAUUUUUAAGUUUAUUACAAUAUAUAAAGAAAAGAUAUCUUAUUCUGUAACAUGGGACGCCGAUGCAUAUAAAAAAUGUGUUUAAAAUGUGCGCUUGUAAAAUUGUUUCAUAUACCAUGUGGACUAAUCAAUGAUCAAUGUUAGAAACGGAAGUAGAAACGGAGCGAGUUUAAAUGUACCGCGGUGUUUCGAGACGAGUUCGUUGCAGAGACGACCUAAACGAUCAUCGAUCCCGCCGCGCAAUUGUAAACUUGGCCAGUCGGUUGGAGUCGUCUGGCGGUCGGGUGGAGUCGGACGCACCUUCGGGGACAGAGGCUGACGUCACGGCGCAAGAUGGCCGCCGGUAUCGGAAAUGGAGUAGCAUAGAGGCUGGGCGGUAGGAACGAACCGUAGGUGUGUCAGUGCUCGGCUUCACCGCGAUAAUGCCAUCGAAAUGCCGAUCGUUGCAAGUUGAUCGGCGCUUCGCGCAGUGCUCGUACGUACGAUCGGAAUCGUUCCGUCAGCCGAGUCUUGAAUGGUGAGAUGAUAAAUCGCGAAAUUCUCGGAGGAGAGCGAAAUUGAACGGAGCGAGUCUCGUACCCGGACUAUCCUGACCUGGGACAGUAGUUUGGUCUAGUUGAUACGUCGCGAAUUCGCCAGUGAUAACGCCAGUGUUGUACGGAUACGUCGAAACUACGUCUGAAUGAGAUCGAAGUGGAAAAUAAACGGUGGCCUGCCGAGCGAUCGCCCCGUGCUCUUGGACGAUUCUCCGCGGUUGUCAGACUCGCCUGCCCGGCUCCGGGAGAGAGCUGAGCGCGCCCCGUGGGUGUCAGAUCUGCAUUGAGGUUUUCCGAUUGAAAGUAGCUGGCUUCGUAUCUGAUAAAAGACGAGAUGGAAAGAGAAGGGUUCGCGUGUCGAGUCGGUGCAUAAGAUAUCAAAAGCGUGCGCUGCGUGCAGUGUGUCCGGCGAAUCCUCUUUGUAAUCUGUCAAAACGGACUCUGGCCAAACGAACGGGCUUGUAUAUCGAUCUAUCUGCGACCGAUCGCGUGCUUUGGGCCCCCCCUCGAGUUUUCGAAGCGUACACAACGAUCGAUUUUUCGAAGGGACUUGGUUUCCCGUCGUCUGCAACCGCCUCGUGAGUUACGCCGGACACAUCGAUUAUCCCUUUCCGUAAACAACAAUAGAAACGGACGAAAGAAUGCUUGGCACCGUGGUGAAAAUGAGACAUGAGUUUCGGUUGUGGUGAGUCGGCUCUCGUAGCCGGCCAAGCGACGUUGAACGUGAAACUGUUGAACUGUUAUUCGAGCGAUGAUUCCACCUAUAGGUAUCAGUUAACGAAAGAAAAGUUUCUGUCGCGAGGUAAACAUUCGACGUAGGAUUUCGUGUGUUCCUCGCAGUAGAAUAGCAGAGAAUAGUUUAUCGUUUAGGAAGAUAGCGGAUUCCGGCGUGUGGAUGUCGGCUCGCGAGACCGAGAGGAGUGAGGAAACGAGACAAAGCAACGUGGAAAAGUGAGAGACCGCGAGCAAAGGAAUCGAGGAAAAUGACUACCUGAAAAGAUCGGAAACGGACUAAAACGUAUCGGAAGAGAGGAACCGAAAGGGAUUCGUCUCGCGCGAGUGCACGUAUCUCCCGCGCGCGUGUCUCCUCUGUGUCUGUGAUUAUUCCGGUUUACGUUUCGCGUGCAUUUCGUGUGGAGUUGCCAGUGUACCGGAGUUUGAGAAUAGUAAGGAUAUACGCAAAAUGUGGAACGUGAUGUGCGACGUGAUGCCGACUAUCGCGGAGGACAGCAUCAGCCAGCGGAGUUCGCAGUUCUCCGGCGAGGACGCGAACUUCGAGCAGCUGAUGGUCACCAUGCUCGACGAGAGGGACAAGUUGAUGGAAUCGUUGCGCGUCAGCCAGACACAGUUGCAGGAAACGGAAGCACGGUUGCAGGAGGUCGAGAAGGAACGGGACUCUUUGAAUCGUCUGCUCAACGCCAAUAUCCCCCAGGAGUUCUCUCAGCUGGCGAAAGAGCUUUCAGCGGCACGCGAGAGUAUCCUAGAGAGAGAGGAGGAAAUAUCGGAACUGAAGGCGGAACGUAGCAACACUCGUCUUCUGCUGGAACAUUUAGAAUGUCUGGUCUCACGACACGAACGAUCGCUUCGGUUGACUGUGAUGAAGAGGCAAGCAGCCGUGCAAUCCGGAGUAUCGUCCGAAGUUGAAGUGCUUAAAGCUCUGAAAAGUCUGUUCGAGCACCACAAGGCUCUGGACGAGAAAGUGCGAGAGCGACUGCGCGUUGCAUUGGAAAAAAAUACCACCCUAGAGGAAGAGCUAGCCAUUACCAAAGAUGAGCUUCAGCAAUAUAAAUUAAGUGGACACGCGCCUAAAUCUGCAGACGACAGGCCCAAGGAAAACGGACAAACGGAGGACGGACAGCAACAGAACAAGAAUGAGACUGAGCAGGCAGCAGGCCAGCCAGAGCAACAACAGCAACAACAACAGCAGCAGGAGCAGCAGCAACAACAGCAGCAGCCACAGUCGAUACAAAAACUAGGUACUGAGAGGUCGACUGAAAUUGGGAGUAGGCUGAGCAAUGGAAGUCUCGAUCCGGCGGACCAGGUUUCUGCAGCGCGAGUAAUAGAUUUGCAAGCCACUGUUGACAAACAGAGCUCAGAGUUGAGUACAUGGCAGCGACGAGUAGCAGAAUUAAGUGGCCGAGUGGCGGAAUUGGAAGAAAACCUAUCCGAAGCUCAGAAAGUCCUCAUGAAGACGCAAGAAUCGAAUGUCAAAUUACAAAGAGAUUUACGCGAGAAUGUUGCCCAAAAAGAAGACCAAGAAGAAAGGAUAGCGACUCUUGAAAAACGAUAUCUUAACGCUCAACGCGAAUCCACCAGUUUGCAUGAUCUCAAUGAAAAAUUGGAACAGGAGUUGCAACAUAAGAAGGCUCAAUUGAAGCUCCAGGAAGAAAAAAUAGCAGCUAUACAGGAGAAAUUGGAACUAGCUGAACAGAAACUAGCCCAGUAUGCUAAGUUGCCAGAAAUGGAAGAGCAAUUGAAACAGAGGAUGGAGGCUCUGACGCAGGUGAGGAGGCCCAACCAGCAGGCUCAAGAAAGGCACGGCAGCGCAGAAGAUAGGAUACAAAGAUUAGAAACGCAGCUCGAAGAGAAAAAUGCAGAAGUGAUGCGUGUCAAUCAGCGACUUAAGAUGAACGAGGAACAUAAUACACGACUUAGCGCAACUGUUGAUAAACUUCUGUCUGAAUCUAACGAAAGAUUACAACUGCAUUUGAAAGAAAGAAUGCACGCAUUGGAAGAAAAGAAUGCGCUUACGCAAGAGCUUGAGAAGACAAGAAAACUAGCUGAGGAUCUCCAGAAUGAAAAGGCAGAGAUAGUUAAGGAAUUAGGAAAGGCUCGACUUGAAAUUGAUAACGUGAAAAGGCAAAUGCUUCAGCAAGAAAUCGCAUUCAAUAUUCAACAAACAGACGCUUUGACUAGAAGUUUGUCUCCCAAUGCUGUGGAUCCUGGCGCCUUUUCUAGAAGUGCGAGUCAUAGUAGCUUUGACACGCAUUCUUUACCAAGAAGAUCGGCUAAACGAUCUGUGAUUGAAGAAGACGCGUCAAAGAACUAUGUAGCGCGCACUUUAGCGGAACAAGAAUGGGAAAAGCUACAGCAGGCGCAUGUUCUUGCCAAUGUACAACAAGCGUUUGAUGUCUCUAGCGAUGCAGAGGGUGACGGAGAUAACGAGAGUCUUUUUAGUUGUGCGGCUGAUGUAAUUAGUCCGACAGGACACACAGAUGCUCAAACAUUAGCACUAAUGUUACAGGAACAAUUAGAUGCAAUUAAUAAUGAAAUUAGGUUGAUUCAGGAAGAAAAACAAAGUACCGAGGCACGCGCGGAAGAAUUGGAAUCCCGCGUUGGCAGUCUUGAACAUAUGAAUUUAUUAGCGAGAGGACGAAGUUUGGAACGAGCAUCGCCACCGUUAAGUGGGCGAUCUACACCAAAAUCACAUCACAGUCCUAACAGAGAUUAUUUACACAAGUAUCAUACUGCUCCUGCGUCAAUGUCUCCAGCGCAUCUCCAUCAGUACGCUGCUUCUUUGACUAGUCCAGGUCAACUUUCAGAAUCUCUUCCUGCAAGCCAGUUGCAGUUAUCAGGCGAAGAAUUGCAUUCAGUAAGUGAAAGAGACAGCACUGGUGGUGCAGGAAGUGGUGGGAGCGAUGCAGCUUCACCGUUGACAGCUCGAUCAAUCAGGCUGGAACGUGUAGUGCAAGCGCUUGCACAUAAUCAAGAGGAGCUCAGAAGGCGUACGGGACAAACCGGAUUUCCCAGCAGUGGUUUUCCUGCUCACAGCAGGCAUGGGCAACAUAACAACGGCGCACUCAAUUCUGGGACUCCCCCUUCCCCAUUGUCCUCACGUCACAGCAGCCAGGACAGUUUGCACAAGAACAACUUGUCUGGUGUCGGAUUGCCAAUUGGCCAGCUGUCUAGCUCGCACUUGCACAUGCAAGGAACCAUGAAUCCAGCAACAGCAGCAGCAGUGGCUGCAGCUCAAAAGAAGAAGGGCAUUAAAAGUAGUCUUGGCAGAUUCUUCAGCAAGAAAGAAAAAAUAAAGGGAAAAGAUACACCAAUGCCUGGAGAUAUGGCAGGCAUGGGAGGAGUAAGUACACCAGCAGAUCCUGAUUAUGGAGAUAGCGUUGCUGUAGCUGGAACUAUGGGCAGCAAGAGUGAUUUUGAUCGCCGAAAAAAGAAGAGCCCCAGCAUGUUUGGUAGUAUGUUGGAUUCUUCGCGUCAUGAACUUUUGGCGGAAGCAAUGAAAGCGGGAACACCCUUUGCUUUAUGGAAUGGACCAACUGUGGUGGCUUGGCUUGAGCUCUGGGUAGGCAUGCCAACUUGGUAUGUUGCAGCUUGUCGAGCAAAUGUGAAAAGCGGCGCCAUAAUGAGUGCUCUUAGCGAUACAGAAAUCCAACGCGAAAUUGGUAUAAGUAACCCCUUACAUCGAUUGAAGUUAAGAUUAGCUAUCCAAGAAAUGGUGUCACUCACAAGUCCAUCGGCACCAAAAACCUCUCGCACAACCUUAGCAUUCGGAGAUAUGAACCACGAAUGGAUUGGUAAUGUUUGGCUCCCAAGUCUUGGAUUGCCACAGUAUCGGUCCACUUUCAUGGAGUGCCUUGUUGAUGCUAGAAUGUUGGAUCACCUCACUAAAAAAGACCUCCGCGGUCAACUUAGAAUGGUUGAUAGUUUUCACAGGACAAGUUUACAGUAUGGCAUUUCGUGUUUGAAGCGAUUAAAUUACGAUAAACAACAAUUAGAAGAAAGAAGGCGAAUGGCAGAAGCUGCCAAUGUCGAUGUUCUUGUGUGGAGUAACGAUCGCGUUAUAAGAUGGGUGCAAUCUAUCGGCCUGAAAGAAUAUGGAAACCACCUUUUGGAAUCUGGGGUUCACGGAGCUCUCAUAGCACUUGACGAAAGUUUCGACGCGAAUAGCUUUGCUCUAACAUUGCAAAUUCCAACACAAAAUACACAAGCUCGACAACUGUUAGAUAUGGAAUUUACAAAUUUACUAACGGUAGGAACAGAGAGGCGACUCGAUGAAUCAAAUAGUAUGAAAUCCUGAUCCAACUUAUCCAGCAGACUGCCUCAUCUUCAACCACAUCACGUCUAGUCCAAAACCCCAGCUAUUACUACUCUCUGUACGCAAGUGUGUUGUAAAAGUUGUAAGAGCUUUAAGUAUCAUUCUAAGGGUAUCUUCAUACUGUUAAGGAUAUAACAUGCGGUAAUAUGGAAAAGUGAUGAGGUAACAUAAACUGUUAAAAAAAGGGGCUUAUAUCGUAUCUUCAAGAAGAAAAUUUGAAGUGUUUUUUCGAUUUUUAUGUCACGCGAUUCAUAAACCGCAUGUUACGUGUUUCAAUAAAAAUAGUAAUUCUGAAUAAAUUACUCUCAUAUAGAUACCGAAAUGUAGUGAGCGGUCAGGAAAUCAUGCGAUAUAUUUUUCCUCGAAAGUCAGAAGAUCAGUUAUAGAUAAUUACGACAAUAAUUCUAAUUUAUCCUGAUUUUUUAAGGUUAGUAAUUUGUAGUUUCGAAAUAAUAAUAUCACGGUAGUUUGUAAACAUUUUCACGACGUAAUAACAUAUUUCUUAUACUAUAUUAUGUACUUACACUGUGUAACAAAUAGUUAAAAUAUCUAUUUUGAUACCACUUACCGCACAAAAUGAAAAUCCCGAAAUUGUAUUAGUGCCAUUGCUCUCGAGGAAACUAUUUAUGUACAAGAAACAGACUGCAUUCUAUAUUUCUGCAUCUAUAAGAUGGUGACCUAAUAAGCCAUAUAUGUAUAUAUAUAAAGAAUAUAUGUAUAUGUAUACAUAGGAAUUUAUAUAUAUACAUACAUAUAUUCUUUUGCACAGAAGGAGCUUCAGAAUACUUGUUCUCCUCUGUUAUUUCGAUGAAUUUUAAAUGUUUGUAGAUCGCAUAUAAACUCGUAAUAUAUUUAAAAAAACUACACUGAAGCAACUAUCGUAAUUAGAAAAUGAUCAAAGAAGAAAUCAGUUGCAUGGACGUGUUUAAAAAGCUCGCUUUUUAUUUACCAUGGACUAAGAACAGACAUUUUAUACCAAAAUAUUCGCGCAAUAUAUAAGUACGUGUAUGAAGCGUUAGUAGAUGUUAUAAAAUUAAGGAACUUUGUAAAUUUGAAUUGAUAAUUGAACAACUAAUCAGUCACUAAUAUUCACAUUUAUAUUAUUUCUCACUUUAAUUUUAUAAUUGUAAAGGAGUGAUCACAUUUCAUUCCGCUCUCUAGAAUUUAUAAUUUUUUUCAAAAGAAUCAUCGUUAAUAGCGCAUACGUAAAUAUUUAUGAAUAUCUAAUUCUGUUUCAAAGUUCCAGAGUGAUUAAUUAUUAUUAGACACGAUCAGUAGUGAGAGAAUUCGCGAUAAAGAACGUUAUUAUAAAGGCAAAAAGAAGCUACAUUAAAAAAGAAAGGUGGCCAUAGGAAGAAUAAUAGAGGAUACGGUGACAAUGGCCAUAAAUAUUACUAACAGUUGUGACACGAUGUUGCUGAAGACAAUGAUUGCGAUGAUAAUUAUAAUUAUCCAUUACAAAUGUUAUCAAGCUGAAGGUGUGGCGAAAGACUGAGACUUACGACAGCGACUGAAAUGACAUAAAACUGAUCAAGAUAGAGACGAUCACAAUAAUGAUGAUAAGUUAUAAUGGGAUGUUGUUAAUGUUGUUGAUACUUGAGGAAUCAUUGUUGUUGAUGUUUGUUUCCCUGUGAAGUACCCCCCUGCAAGCUGUUCAUUCGUUGUAACUCCACGGCUCUGCACGACCUUCCGAAUGGGCGCAAACGUACCAAAUAGUUUCUACCAAAGAGAUCGCAAUACAGUACGAUGAUUUUACGAUCAUAUAUAUGUACGAAAAUUCAAACGUCGGCACUCGAGAUACAUGCGCAGUAGAGAGAUCAAAAUAUCUACAUGUAAAGAUCAUACUGUACAGUUUCAUCCUUCAGCGUAUAACACUUUUCUCUAAGUACCACCGAUCAGUUGAAAUAUUUCUAGAUAAUCAGAAAGACUCGCUAAGCCAAAGCAACGUUACGCUACCUCAAUACUGACCUACGGUGGUACCCUUUUUUCUUUGUAUAAAUACUUCGAUAACUCGUUCCCAUGUAUUCAUGAUUUUCAGUCAUGAUUAAUUCCUACAUAUAUUAGGCACGAAUUUCUCGUUGAGUUUAUGUUAAAAAUAAUCGUAAAGAAAACAUUUUCACGUGCAACGUUUGCUUUGUAAGUGUUAGAAAACAAGUAUUGGAAAAUAGAAAAAUAAAAUUAAUAAUUUUGAAUUGCACGUAAAUCUUUGGUUCAUUAGCAAUACCGGACAGUUUUCUGUAUGUAUUAUAUAGAAAACUACAUUUGAAGUAGAGCAUUUCUACUAUAGUACUACAUGCUCUUUUUAUUAAUAUAAUGCUAGAUGAUUGUACAGAACUAAUUUGUACAAAUGAAUAGAUAUACAAAGCUGAGGCACUUUGUGAAACAGAAUGGCCGUCUCUCCCUUUCGGAAGUGUCUGCAGUAUAUGUAAAUGACUGAACUUAUUUUUAAUGUAUGCUAGUUAAUUAGUGUCUAUGGACAUUCCAAGGAAAGCGAAAGAAAGCAAACCUUCCAAAAAAGCAACCACAUUCAUAAUCGCAUAUAUAUGUAAAACAUGACUCAGUAUGUAACAGCUUUACCGCCUUCUAUGUAUUUAAGUAUAAAUAGAUACACGAAUACAAAAAGUUUUGCCUGAAUCCAACCUCCGACUGUUCGGUAUCGAAUGGAGCUAGAGUAAACAGAACGUAUGAUACAGACGAUUUACUGUUGGAAACGUUAUGUUUUUACCAAGAACAUAAAUGGAUUGUUUAAACUUACAUUUCGUCUUGCCUUCAAUUUUCUUUAAAUUGUUGUGAAAUUUUAAAUAUUGUCUUCAGCAAUGCUAGACGAAUUUGUUUCAGUUAAACCUAAUGUUUUCAUGAAUUCUAGCGAUACAACAAUGUUUAAGCAAAGAUAUUUAUAUCCAAGUUUGCCUAUUAUCAUUUCACACAUAUCAUAAGAUUGUAAAAAGUACUUAUAGAAAAUUAAAUUAUAUUAAAUACAAUUUUUCUCUUUACCACUCAAUUUCAUUUACCAGACAAAAAUUACAUACAUGCAUAUGGUAAAAACAGACACGUAAUAAUGUGUAAUAUUGUAGUGGAACAAUCUAUAGUAUGUGUUAUUUCAAAAUAUAUAUUUUUUAUAUAUUCUUUCUUAUGCUCAAUUCGGCCGAACUGGCGGAAGAACAAUUUCGACAUUAUUUUGAAUUUUCUGUAUGACAUAUGUUUGUGAGUGUUACUGCUAGUUACUGUACAUAUAUACGUACGCACGGCUGUGUGGGUGAAAGUGCAUGUGUAUAUAUCUUUCUCUGUGUACAUAUGAAUUAUUUAUUAACAAACCUGUAAUUUUUAAACGUUUCAUUACAAGUCCAAUGCAGUUAAAUAUAUUACAAUCUUAAUAUAGUUUGGAGAAGAACUAAAUCGCUAUUAAAUCUCUGACUACUUCACUUCUAAAUGAAUGCUGUAAAAAUUUUGUCAGAAUGUAUCAAUAUAACUGAGUUUCAAGCAUUAGCUUGCUAUAGUAAUCUGGAAACAUAAAAGUUACAAUCAUGAAUUAAGAACAAUUAUCAUCGUAUGAUGUAAAACUGGAUGGAUAUGUAACAAACAUUUAAGGUAAAUUUGUUCGAAAGCAAAGAACAAAGUAGAUUAAAGUGGGCUUACAAUUAAAAAAUAAGGACUGUACAGAUAUCAUUGGGCCCAUCUUUAUAGAAAUGAAAUAAAAAACGUUUAAUUUAAAUGGCAUUUCUGUCAGAAUCAUCAGCUAUAAAUAAAGCAUAAUAUAUAAUUUAAUUAAAAGAAUUCGAUGUAUCUAGUAGUAAAUGGUUUUAAGAAACUUAUUUUGUAUGGAAUAGGUCUAAAUUAUCAGUAUAUAGUUACGCAUAUACUGAUUUUUGUUUAUAUUUGACUAUUUUAGCUGGAGUGCUAGGUAAUUGUGCCAGCAUAUAAAACUGCGAUUAUCCUAGUAAGCGGGUAAUUGUCAAAAAUAACUUUCUAAAUGUGAAGUAGUAUACAACUAUAUAUAUAUAUAUAUAUAGUAAACUAUAUAUAUAUAUAGUACAAUACACAGUGCACAAACAACCAAUUAUAAGGUCUAACAUAGUUUCGAUUAAUUUUCUUAGUACAAGUAGUACAUUUAAAAAGACGUCUUACAUAUUCAUUGUAAGAAUAGGAAUUGGCAAAAUGAUCAGUUAAAUUUUAUAUUGUCUUUGCAAAUUUAGUUCUUGAUGCAAUUUGUACUUAUUCAAUUAUCGUGAGAUUCUUAUAAUUACUUAAAAUAUGUCUUCUGUAUUCAAAAAUUGUUUCAUAUUUUGAAAGUUCAUUGUUUCUGGCAGCCAUAGGUCAUUUUACGUAUUUAUUUAUUCCUCUAGAUAGUUGUAAUUUUUUGUAGCAAAUAAAUAGAACACAAAUGUA